AUGUCCACCCCCCCUCCCCCCCCCCAACAAACUCCUCAUCCAACAACCCCCCGCCCCCACCUCCACACCUGGACCCGUCACCUCCCCGCCUCCUCGCAAUCCUCCCCCUCCAUCACCCAAAUUCCCAUAUUCAAAGACUCCUGCUCCGUGCGCGAACAAGUAUUCGUCUACGAACAACGUGCCGUCCCACUCAUCCACCAUCUCGAUAACGACGAUGCGCGCUCUGUGCAUUUCGUCAUCUACGCACCUCCAAAUCCUCAUUCUCUCCUCUCAGACUCAGAUUUAGAAACCUCCCAAAUCCCCUACAUCCCAGUAGGAACACUCCGUCUACUCCCCUACCCUGACACCCUCCGGCCUCUCCCCCACACUCGCAUCGUUGCCGGAUCUCCCACCGAAGAAAUUCCACCCUCCUCAACCUUUUUCUUCCAGGCCUCUCCUACAUAUAAGAUAAAUCCCGCAACUACGUUUCACGAUGGAAUAGAGCCCUAUAUACGACUUGGUCGAUUAGCGGUUUUGAAAGAGUAUCGCGGGAAAGGGUAUGCAGACAUUUUAAUCCAAGCUGCUUUGAAAUGGGCGGGGGAGCAUCCGCGGUUUUCGGAAGAGGCGUUGAGGGAGGAGGAGAAGGGGAGGGUGCCGGAGUGGAAGGGAUUAGUGUGUUUGUAUGCGAGGGAUGUGGCGGUGAGGACGUGGGAGCGGAAUGGGUUUGUGGUGGAUGAGGGGAUGGGAAGUUGGUGGGAGGUGGGUGUUAGGAUUUUGGGGAUGGUGCAGAGGGUGAGUGUGCGGGGAGAUGGUGAGGAGAUGGAAUUACGGGAAUGA